AAAUAAAAAAAUCAGCACAAAUAUAAGUUCUUAAUAUGUUAGAAAAAUAAUUUUGCCAAUGUUUUAAAAUAAAUUUAAUAAAAGUGUUUCCUAGUGAAGUAGUGAUUUUUAUAGUGGUAUAGAAAGAAUUUAUCAUAUUUUUGGUAUUUUGAUGGUUUAACUGGUUACGCAUUUGAUUCCAUAGGUUUAAGUGGAUCUGGCAUUGAUUUCCUAAACAAUUCUACAUAAUUGCAUAAAAAAAUAAUUAUUACGUUAUUAUUAAACGCUUUAGUAGUGUCCUUGUACCUUGUGUACGGUAGAAAUCGUAUUGGUAGUUACUUAGUAAGUACCUAUCAUCCGGUUUCUGCAUAUACUGAAAUAUCUAUCAAGUCUUUCUAAGUAAGCUAGGCAUAACGAGUUAAUCAUGUCCCAAACUGAAAAUGACGAUGAUUCGUUUAUAAUCAUUUUGGGCUCUUCCCCGGGAAGCUUAGAAGGAAAAAGUAAUGGUGGUGUUUUGGAAGUACCAAGUGGAAGUAUCGAGGCUCCAAUCCUGGAUGAUGUCAUUAAGGAUCUGCCUGAACAAGCAAACAAAGCCUUUAAGGCACAAUUCAACCUUGGUGAUAGUCCAUCCCCAGCAAGUAUGAUGGUGGCUAGUACUCUUAUUACUGACGACCGAAGUACAGAAGAACUACAGAAACGGUUUGGAGAAAUCUUAGAUGAGAAUGUUGUAUUAAAGGAGACACUAAAGCAAAAUAAUGAUUCAUUGAAGGAGCAGUUUUCAUUGAUUGCGUCGUGCCAGGAUGACAUGCUCCAAACACAUAAAUUACAUAAAGAGAAAUUUGAUGAAACUAGGGCACUUGUUGAAAAGUUAAGAUUACAGAACCGAAAACUUAAAGAAGAGAUUGUGCUUAUUACUAAAACCAAAGAGAUGUCACUUACCAAUGGUGUUAAGUCUGGUCCGUCAUCAGGAGUAGAAUUUGUGACAUCGCCCGAUGAUGAUACAAUAAAUAAACUAACAGCCCAGUUGGAAUUGGUCGAGAAACAAAGAAGACAGGUGAUAGUUGACAAUGAAAAACUUACAUGGCAAAGGGAAUCCCUAGAGCACAUAGUCAAUGCCACCUCCAAAGAGAGAGACGAUUUAAAAGCCAAAUUGAACACUACAGAGUUGUUAUUAUCAAGUAAAGAAAAUAACCACACAGAAGAGUUGAAGCAGUUGCACGGCACAAUUGAAGAGUUGCAAAAAAAGAUGAAAUUGAUGUCUAUGAAUGUUCACAGCAACGAAAUACAGAAGAGAGAUGAAGUAAUACAUAUUCUAGAAGGGAAAGUUUCGUCUCUACUGAACGAUCUGAAAAAGGCACAGAUUACAAUAUUAGAUCUGGAAAAUAUUAAGUUGGAGUUCGCAAAAUACAAAGGUGGUGUCUCCGAUAUGGUGAAGACAUACAAAGAGCAAAUAGUGGAGUUGAAUGCCAGAAUCAAAUCUUGCCAGACUAUGGUGUUCCAACCAGUACAUAUGACAAUGACAUGUGAAGGUGAAGCGUCCCCGCAUUACGGAGGGUAUCUCGCCAAUGUUAAAUUGUAUGAUCGCACACUUAAACACAUAGCGGAAUAUCUCAAUAACUUGACAAAUGGCCUGUCAGACGAUCUGGUUAGAACAAUGGGCGUAAUAUCGAGUAUACAGGAUGUUACAUUGGAACGUGCGUCUAUUGAAAAAGUUCGUGCGGGCUUGAUUGACGUCAAACAAGCGAUUUCGAAGCAUCACAAUACUGUUCUUCAGAACAUCGCUCAAUUGAAAGGCUCUUUUACAAUAUUCGAAGGGAUAUUCAAGGAUUACAACGAACUGUUAAAGAAAACAUUGACAAAGCGAGAAGAGACCCCUGCGGUGGAACAGUUAACAGCGGCACUGGUAGCACGAGGGGAAGAAGUUCAAAGCCUGGAAAACGAAAUUGUGAUGCUCGUCUCUCAUAAAGAGGACUGUGAACUAUUGAGGGCUCAAGUUGAAUUGUACAAGAGUGACUUCGAGGCGGAACGUAAAUCGCGGGAAGAAAUGGUCACUGAAAAGGAGAAAAUUGCGACCGACCUCAGAGUUUUGCAGAAAAAGCACGCGGAGAUUGUAAGUCAGUUGGAAGAAGUCCGCAAAAUGAGUCCUAGUGUAUUCAAAACGGCUUCAGCCCGUAUCUCAGCCAACACAGCCAAAAUUUCGACUCCCCUUGGAUCUGUGGCCGCCAAUACAGCCACUGUAUCAGCCAUUUCUGGUUCUAAUGAGGGCGUGACUCGAAAAAAGAAGAUCAAAAAAGAAGAAAAGAACGGCGUACACGAGACCACGCCUCCUGCGAUACGCUACGAUUGUCCAGUGUGCGACAAGCCGUUCAAAACUCUAAUACUAUUGCAGCAACAUGUUGAUUCAUGUUUAUUAUAAUAUAAUAAAUUAAUAGCAAAAUUACAUAUUGUUAAUUAUAGUCGACGCAUUAUAAACUGAGGCUUCGGAUCGUAAAUCAUAUUUAUCUGUCUGUCUCGCUCGCACUUAUAGGGCUAAUGGAGAGGUGUAGUGUUGUGCGUAAGAAUUGUAGAGGUGCAUAUCGAUAACGGGAUUGGUACGAUCGAUAUGCUAAAUUAUGUUGAGCGUUAAUAGGAAUAAUUUUUUUCGGAAUAUAAAAGUUUUUAUUUUUCUAAGAUAAACUACUUAAUUUAUGUCACUAUUUAUUUUUUUCAAAAACACGUUAGAAAAAAAAAAUCUCCAUUGCGUAACAAAGCGUAAGUAAUGUAAUGUGUGUCAACAAAAAAACUCUCAUUUGUAUGGAAAAACAACAUCCCUUACACGUAACGACCAAUCAGGUGUCAAGAGCGCGUGCGCAGGUUGCAUUGCGUGCACAUUUAUUGCCCGACGACUCAGUUUAAAAUGUGCCGUCUUUAGGUAUUGAAGAUUUACUGAACUGCGUGUUAUAAGUCCAUUAUUUUAAUGUUUGGAAAUAAGUUAUACUAAUAAUGACUUUUCGAGAUCGGUCAGGUACAUAUUGAGUUUCGUAACAUACAAAUCUUUUGUCUGUAAUACAUAAGGCGAUUUCAAGAGUUCUAGUAUUUAACUUAAAUUCAGAUACAUUUAAACACGAUUCUAUUUCAAUCUUCUUUUCGUGUAUCCGUGUGCCUUUUUUGGCAAAGGCCUCCUCCAAAUCCCGCCAAUCCUCUCUACACUGCCACUCUCUGCCAUAUACCACCUGAGGUUUCUUUAAUUUGGUCCAUCCACCUUCUAAGUUUUCUUCCUCUUUUUCGUUUGCUGUACUAUGGGCACCAACGUACAAACCCGGUUUUUUUUCACUUUUCAGUUCCUCUUACCACCCACCAAUUUUCACUUUUUACAAUUUUUAUUAUAACAUCUGUUACCUUAGUUGUUUUUAAAGCUUAAAGCUCAAGAAUUCUAUAAUGGUAUACAUUCUAAAGUGGAAGCUAUCCAUAAAUUGUCAGGACUAAAGCCAAAAUCCAGGGUCGAGACUUGUCCAGAACGACUCCGGUAUAUCUAAAACGUAUUGGAUAAAUGUUCCCCAUAGUAUAUAAAUAUAAAGUAACAAUAAUAUGAGUAUUGACGUUAUUGUAUCAAAGUUGCAAUUUAAAUGCAUUUCAAUUUUUUUUAAUAUUAUUUAUUAAAUAAUUUUUGAAAUAAAAAUCGUAUUUCUUAAAAUUACACACAUACACCUUCGUUAUACGUUUGGGGGUAAGAACUUUUUAAUCGAAUUAAAUUAACAGGCAUGGUCUUUUGAUGUUGUGGUUUCAUGUGUUUUAACUACUAAACCUAACAAAUCGGUUGUGCCGGUCAACAACCAUUUUUGUAUUUUUGAGUUAUUUUGAAAUCACACAGAAUACUUUAAUUAAAAGUGAUACUCCAAAUGUAAAUAUUCAUACUAUUUUAACACUUCCUGUCUCUAUUCAUCACAGCAUAAGUACAAUUUGACUGAAAGAGAUAGAGUUAAUAACAAGAAUAAUUGAGUUUUUAGGAAUGAAUACGUAUAGUAGAGAUCGCUUUUAAGACUAAAUAAUUUUUUUCGUCUCUUUCAUUUUUAUUAUAAGUGAUAAAGACGAAAUAUUAAUAUAACUCUUGUUUAUCAUUAUUUUAUUUUGUAAUUUCUCAUGUGAGUUUUUCAUUCAUUGUUACGUUACUUGAUAAAUGGCCUAACACUAAAAAACAAACGUAAACGGGCACGAGGUUCAGUUAAUACCGCCGCUCAUGAACACUCAAUAGCCGAGGGAUCGCGAGUGAGUUGACGGCCUAUAAAAUGAUAUCGCCGUCAAAUGUACAAACUCUUCCUUAGUAUAGACUUUUCACAUUUUGUUCGAUCUUGUUGCUACAAGGUGCUUUCUUCAAUCUAACCGUGUUUGAAUAAUAGCAUUCUAUAUGUUGUAUCUAUUGUUAUCUAUGGCCUUCUAAUAUCUAUCUC